AUGCUCUUAUCGGCACUUACCAAAAGGGCCCUUGUUGGUUCCACUGUUGAAGGUGUCCAUUCUGCGGUGCUUAAAAGAUACAUUUCGUUUUCUCCAUUUUCCAGCUCUUCUGAUAAUGCUGCGUCUAAUCCAAAACACUCGUCUGAUAAGCAUUGGAGCUCUAAUGAAUCUGGCGCUUCCUCUGACGGAGCUAAUUCAUCCUCCUCGACUGGAGCUGCCUCGUCGGCCUCUGCAUCCUAUAACUAUGACAAAUCUUCGAUAGAUAGAAUUGUCAAUUUCAAUGUUGCUGUGGCUUUCCAGCCAAAAAAUAGAACGAAAUCUAAUGUCUUCACGAGGAACAAGAAGCUCUCGGCCGCGGAAACCCUGCCCUCUGGUGAAGACAAUCUCUUCGUAUCCCAGCAGUCUACGGAUGGCUACUUUGCCUUAGGUGUUGCUGAUGGGGUUGGUGGCUGGGCUGAAGCCGGUUAUGACUCCUCUGCAAUUUCCAGGGAACUAUGCCAUAGCAUGAAGACCAUCUUUGAGUCUGGCGUCGGUGAGCAUACUAUUACGCCCAAGACACUUCUUUGCAAUGCAUUCGACGAAGUUCUUGCUUCUCCAAAAGUCGAGAUUGGAGGAACUACGGCAUGCCUUGGUAUUUUCUCUCCUGACAGAAGACUUAAGGUCGCAAACUUGGGUGACUCGUGGUGCGGUGUUUUCAGAAACAGUAAGCUUGUGGAGGAAACCCAGUUCCAAACCCACAACUUCAACACUCCUUAUCAAUUAGCAAAAAUCCCACAGAGCAUUUUACAGGCUGCUGCUCGUCAAGGAAAGAACUAUAUUACGGAUACACCUAAACAGAGUGACGAGUACGAAUGGCAGCUUCAAAAGGGUGACGUUGUUCUAUUUGCUACGGAUGGUGUUACUGACAAUGUCGUCCCUCAAGAUAUUGAAGUUUUCUUGAAAGAUAAAAAGGAAAAGAACACUCCUUUGCCGGAAGCUGCCACUAGUUUGGUGAAGGAAGUGGUGAAGGUUUCUAAAGAUCAAGACUUCCCUAGCGCUUUCGCUCAGGAGUUGUCUAGGCUUACGGGACAAAAGUAUUUGGGUGGAAAGGAAGAUGACGUGACAGUCGUUAUGGUUGAAGUGCUUUAA